AUGCCCCAGACCCGCUCUGCCAAAUCCAUUCUGAGCCACCAAGAGCGGACGUCGAGCGAGCCUCGCGAGAAUGAUAUCCACGCGGCCAUUGUCUCUAGGGUGACGACAGUCAACGACCGAAUCAAGACGUUCAGAUUCGAUAUCAAAGACAAGAACGGCUUCAACUUCCUUCCAGGCCAGUGGCUUGACGUCUUCGUGCCCGAUGUCGAAAAGGCGGGCGGCUUCACCAUCACAUCGUCGCCGCGAGAGGCCCUCGCGCAAUCAAAUCCAGACCACGUGCCCUAUUUCGAGCUUGCGAUUCAGAAAAGUCCCGAGAAUCCGCCUGCGGCAUGGCUCUGGAAGCCAGAGGAAGAGAUACUCGGGCAAGAAGUACAUGUGCGCGUGGGCGGUAGCUUUGUCUGGCCCCCCCAGGGCAUAGACGUGAAGAAGAUAAAGCGCGUUGUCUUCAUCGCUGGAGGCGUUGGCAUCAAUCCCUUCAUGUCGAUGAUGUCGUAUAUUAACCAGAACUACGCCAACCUCGAAGUCCGCCUGCUUUACUCGACGAAAGUACCCUCGCGCAAGACUGAUCCCAGCGAGAUAUUGUUCCUUCCUGAGAUUCUAGAUUUGUUCCGUAUACCACGUUCGGAGACGACGAGAGAUCGGCUCGAGCUGUUCUUUACAGGCUGUCGCGACGGGUCCGAGAUGGGCACAGCAGAGGGCGAUCUCAUCCACCCACUGAUGUCGUUGACCCUGCCGAAGAUUGAUCCGGAGACCGAGGUGCCCGUGACUGCGUGGACACACCGCAUCGACGACAUUGCCCUAUCGAGCGCGGUGGGCAACAAGAAGGAGGCGCAAUCCACCCUCUUUUAUGUUUGCGGACCGCCAGAGAUGACGGACGAUGUGGUCCAGCAUCUGAAGCAGCAACAGGAUGUCCUGCCAGAGCGGGUACUGUGUGAGAAGUGGUGGUAG